GUUCUCUAUGCAUCGCGUGAUAAUGCUCAGGAGGAUGAAAAGAAAGCACUGGUGGCGAGUGGACUGAAUUCGGUGAUCAAUUAUGAACUGGGCAAUAUUGGUAAAGAUAACAAAAUUUGCCAUCAUGCGGAGGGGAACGUGGCUGGAUGUGUCCAUGAAAUUUUGUCCGAUGUUGUACUCUUCCAUACAACAAAUGAUGUGCCGGCUAUGUGGGAGUUUGGUAAUCCGCACUUGUCCAGGAUUGCUUCUCGUGUUCAGUCACAGCAGCAAGCUGAAUUGCUAACAAUGGUACAGUUGUUGCUACCGGGCACUAACAGUAUAUAUUAUGGUGAAGAAAUUGGAAUGCUCGAUUUGCCGCCAGAGCAACUGACACAUAAUACAGUAUGCUAUCCCUUUGUAUUCCUCCCUAUAAGCUAUCACUUAUUAAUUGGCGCACUUUUGGCUGAUGCAGCAAUUAGCUUGCUUCUGAAAUUUGGACUUUUUAUUGGUCAAAAGAUUCACACACACAAAUUAGUUGCAUAUAAAUGA